AGCGUUGUCGACCUCGCUUUCCCCGUCCAUCGAUCUCUCGCAUCCACGGUCCUUCAAUCACUCGCAUCCACCGUCCGUCGAUCUCUCGCAUCCACCGUCCGUCGAUCUCUCGCAUCCACCGUCCGCCGAUCUCUCACAUCCACCGUCCGUCGAUCUCUCGCAUCCACCAUCCGUCGCCACAACUUCCCCCGCCCAUCACCCUCGCUUCCCUCGCUCAUCGCCCUCGCUUCCCCCUCCCAUCGCCCUCGCUCCCCCCUCCCGUCGCCCGCGCUUCCCCCUCCCGUCGCCCUCGCUUCCCCCUCUCGUCGCCCUUGCUUCCCCCUCCCGUCGCCCUCGCUUCCCCCUCCCGUCGCCCUCCCAUCCCCCUCCCAUCCCCCUCCCAUCCCCGUCCCAUCCCCGUCCCAUCCCCGUCCCAUCCCCGUCCCAUCCCCCUCCCAUCCCCAUCCCAUCCCCGUCCCAUCGCCCUCCCAUCCCCCUCCCAUCCCCCUCCCAUCCCCCUCCCAUCCCCAUCCCAUCCCCCUCCCAUCCUCCUCCCAUCCCCCUUCCAUCCCCCUCCCAUCCACCUCCCAUCCCCCUCCCAUCCCCCUCCCAUCCCCCUCCCAUCCCCGUCCCAUCCCCGUCCCAUCCCCCUCCCAUCCCCGUCCCAUCCCCGUCCCAUCCCCGUCCCAUCCCCGUCCCAUCCCCCUGCCAUCCCCCUGCCAUCCCCCUCCCAUCCCCGUCCCAUCCCCGUCCCAUCCCCGUCCCAUCCCCGUCCCAUCCCCGUCCCAUCCCCGUCCCAUCCCCCUCCCAUCUCCGUCCCAUCCCCCUCCCAUCGCCCUCCCAUCCCCCUCCCAUCCCCUUCCCAUCCCCGUCCCAUCCCCGUCCCAUCGCCCUCCCAUCCCCCUCCCAUCCCCGACCCAUCCCCGUCCCAUCCCCCUCCCAUCCCCCUCUCAUCCCCCUCCCAUCCCCGUCCCAUCCCCGUCCCAUCCCCGUCCCAUCCCCGUCCCAUCCCCCUCCCAUCCCCCUCCCAUCCCCCUCCCAUCCCCCUCCCAUCCCCCUCCCAUCCCCCUCCCAUCGCCCUCUCAUCCCCCUCCCAUCCCCGUCCCAUCCCCGUCCCAUCCCUUUCCCAUCCCCCUCCCAUCCCCCUCCCAUCGCCCUCCCAUCCCCCUCCCACCCCCCUCCCAUCCCCGUCCCAUCCCCGUCCCAUCCCUUUCCCAUCCCCCUCUCAUCCCCCUCCCAUCUCCCUCCCAUCGCCCUCCCCUCCCCCCCUGCCCAUUCUCUCCCCUCCUACUCGCUCUGUUCCUCUCUGCUCACCCUCUUCCCCCCUGCUUGCUCUGUUUCUUCCUGUUUGCUCUCUCUUCCUUUCGCCCCCCAUCUCCAACCACGCAGUUUACAUGUCCCAGGCUCCCAGCACCACAGGCCAAGGUUGCAUGCAGUGUAG